GAGGCAACAAUGGAAGAAGAUAAAAGCCAGGACCAUGAUCUACUAUCUACAACAUGGCUUCCCCCUCAGGCAUCCGAGCAUGAGGAGAAUGGUGAUGAGCUUAUGGGCGUUGAAAAUGGUGAAGAUAAUUUAAACAGCGUUGAUCCAUAUAUCGGAAUGGAGUUCUCUACUCAUGAGGAAGCUUAUAAUUUCUACAAUGCAUACGCCAGACUUAAGGGAUUUGGUGUUCGCAAGGGUCACACAGCUUGGUCGAGAAAGAAAGAUGCAAUCCUAUCUAGAAUAUUUGUAUGUGACAAAGAAGGCUUUAAAUCUUUAAAAGAUAAAAGAGAAGAUGGUCGGAAUGUAAUUCGAAAGUUCGAUACAAGAUGUGGAUGCAACGCAAGGAUGGUUAUUGGACUUGAUAGAAGCACUGAAAAAUGGGUGGUCCGAAAGUUAAACAGUAAGCAUAAUGGUCAUCCAUUAACCACCCCAACUCGGGUAAAGAAGCACUACUCACAUCGGACACUUCAUCGAGCUCAAUCGACAAAAAGGUUGAUAGAUACUCUUGACAAUCAAGGUUUACGGCCUUCUGCCAUUUGUAAGGUUGUAGACGUUGCUCAUGGCAAUGAACAAGGCUCUCUCACUCAACAAGAAUGCCAAGCACAACUUAGACUUAAACGAAGAAACAACGUCGGCCAUGAGUGCGUGAACAUAGUUCGUCAAUUUCAAGAGAAAAAGGUAUCUGAUCCUCAAUUUUACUUCGCACUUGAUUUAGAAAAUGAUGGGACGAUGAGAAGUGUUUUUUGGAUGGAUGGUAGGUCGAGGACUUCUUACUUGCAAUUUGGAGAUGUUGUUUGCUUUGAUGUUACAUAUAGAACGAACAAUUUAAAAUUGCCGUUUGCACCAUUUACGGGCGUUAACCAUCAUCGACAGUCUACUCUAUUUGGGUGUGCGUUACUGGCCGAUGAAACGGAGGAGACGUUUAUAUGGUUAUUUAGCCAAUGGUUAAAAUGUAUGUCGGGUAUAGCACCAGUAACAAUCAUCACUGAUCAAGAUAAAGCUAUGUGUGGUGCUAUUCACAAAGUUUUUCCUAAAACUCGCCAUCGCUUUUGUUCUUGGCACCUUCGUAGGAAUGCCUUACAAAAUCUUCAAUCAAUGCAUAAUGAUUAUGGUGAGGAUGUUGGUGUAAAGUAUAACAAAUGGUAUUGGAGUAAAUCGGAAGAAAAAUUUGAAAAGCGUUGGGAAGAAAUGAGGGACAAAUAUGGUGCAGAUAAAAGGAGUUGGUUAGUAAAUUUAUACAAUCAUCGAGAUCAUUGGGCUCCAGUGUAUCUUAAAGACACUUUUACUGCAGGAAUGACAUCUACUCAGCGGAGUGAGGGAAUUAAUGCUUAUUUUGAUCAUUUUGUGAAUGUAAAUACCGAGUUACAUGAUUUUGUUAAGCAGUAUGAUAAUGCUGUCAGAGCUCGCCGAGCCGCUGAACUUGAGCAAGAUUUUAAGUCCACAAACUCAGUUCCUACAUUGAUAAUUGAACAUCCCAUUGAAAAACAAGCUCGGGAGAAUUAUACGAAGAAUCUGUUUACUAUCUUUCAGAAAGAACUCAAGGAUAGUUACUCCAUGCUUCAUGAAAAGUUGUCGAAGGACGGCGCAAGUGCUACUUAUGCCGUUUGGAAUAUAGAUAGCGAGGCUGAAAGCAAGAAGAUAGUAAAGCAUCAUGUUGUUUUCGAUACAUCCAAAGAAAAAAGAAUUAAGUGCUCUUGUGCGAGAUUUGAGAUGGAAGACUCAUUUUUUAAAGAAGUUGAGAAUUACAAGAUUGAGAAGGAACAUAACGAUAAUGGAAAUGAGAGCAAUGCCAGCAAUAAGAUGCCUACUUCAUCCAUACCCAUCUCUAUAGAGGAAGCAACUCAAAUCACUAUCCGUGAUCCAGAUAAGCCUGUUGCCACGAAGGGACGACCAGCACAUGCUACUAGAAUUAAGUCGGGAGUGGAGAUAGCACAAGAAAAGAGUAUAAAAAAACAAAGAUUUUGUGGGUUUUGUAAGGGAAAAGGACAUUAUAUAACGAGUUGUCCUUUAGCUAAGAACAAAAAUGUUGCUGGUGGAGGUCGAGAAAGUUAA